AUGCCGGAUCAGCUACCCACAAUUGUUGGCUGCCUUCUGGAUGUUUCCGGUUCUAUGCGCGAGGCAUUAGAGCCUGACCGUACCGAUGAAAACGCAAAUAGGGGCGUAGGCGAGCGCCUCGGCGCUGUGCUCCGUGCCGCGCUCAAGAUCGCCCAGGCAGAACAGAAACGUUCCAACAACGUCCUCGUGUUCGUCGGUGCUUUCGGACUAGACGAAGAGACAAGUCCGCCGGUGGUUGAUUUGUGUAGUGUGGUUGAAGGGCUACUCAGCGGCUACGACGGCCGAAAAACUGGGUAUGAGCUGCUCAUCCACUUGGCAAAUCAGAACAAUCUAUCGCAUAUUACGGAGUAUAUUGAAAAGAAACUUACCGACGAUGACGCACGCAUUAUCUACACGUAUCUCCUGCAGCACCCAGAGCGCAUUGAAGAAUUUAUCCAAGCCAUUCCAUCUGCAGAGAAGAUGGAGCAAAGCAAGAACAAUCUUCGGAACGGCGGCAAGUUCGCUGGCGCUGUUUCUGGGGCAUGUGUCGGUCCCUGGCUUGGACCCCUAGGCGUUAUAGGAGGCGCCGUUGCUGGGUUUCUUGUUGGAAAAGGAGGUGCGAAUUACAUUGAGGAUCACCAUGUGGAAAACUCAGAUGGAAUGCAGCUCGCUCGACAAAUGCGCACAGAGUGGUGGCAAGGUUCUGAGAACUUUGUGCCACGUCCAGUCGGCACGGUCAUAGACCUACUGCAGAAACUGCAAGAUUACCCGUCUUCGAGGUCCAGUGGCCAAGACAAAGAAACACGUGAACGAAGUCUGCUCGAUACAUUACGGCCAUUUAUGUAUGGCAGAACUCCGCUGCAAAACGCACUGGGCAAGUCACUGGCCACAUUUCGAGGGGUCGAGCCGCAUGUCGAGCAGCGCAUCCUCGUGCUAAUUUCCGAUGGCGCGUCCACGGAUGGUGACCCGCAAAAUAUUGCCCGUCAGCUGCGACACGGGGGCGUCAACAUUGCGGCAGUGUACCUCACGAGCGACGAAAAGACCCCUGCUCGCCGCCUGUACUACCGUCCAGACAACGACUGGGAUGAAGGUCAGCACACCCUCUUCGAAAUGGCUUCCCCGGUAGCGGGCUGUAAACAUCCAAUACCAGUUCUCGCAUCGCUAGGCUGGGAGAUACCCUCAGCCGGCGAAUGCAGACUAUACACUGCGGUAUGUAGCACCACAGCACUGGACGAGUUCUGUUCAAUGCUUCUGUCGGUGCGCUUCAGCUCGGCAGAGACACUGUUGGACAUUUUAGGUCGAGUACAACUAGAUUCAUUCGUCGAUGAUGAACAUGUACGCAUUUGCAAGAAACCUUCAGAUCAGGGCGACUCGGAGACAUGCUACGCGCAUGCAAUAGCAGCGGUAAUUCACAUGGCCCUCCUCCGCAUUGUAGGUCGGGAAGGGGGCUAUCCCACCAUCGAAGCGAUCAGAGAAAGAAUCUUAAACGCGUUUCCGUCAAAGCCAGGAGGGCGCGGUACUGUUGAAGUACUUGACUGGGCGACUGCCGAGUAUCGCCCGCUUCAGUUCAAAGAGGUAGACGAAGAUGGGGCGCGCCAGGCGGUGCUGCACCGACGGCCAGUGUUAACCACUUUUCAGCUCUCAUCCAAGGGCUGGGAUACAUUCAGCAAUUCCUUCGAAACCAUUCACGGCCCGGACUUUGUGCUCACCUACAACCAUAUGAAACCUAGCCGAGCAGGACCUGACGAUGGCGGUCACGCCGUUGUCAUGACUAAAUGCGAUGCUAGCUCGCUCACGUUCCUUAAUUCAUGGGGCAAAACAUGGGGUGCAGACGGCAGCUUCCGUGUGGAGAAUGCUGCCACACUGGGACGGGUUCACGCAGGACAGGAAACCAAGACACGUUUUUACGAUAUCUACUGGAUUGAGAGCAAGUUGACCGGGAUGGAGCGGGAAGAGUACAGACUUGGGGUUGACAGAGCCUUACAGGCUGGCGCGACCAAAUAUUCCAGCAUUCUGGACAUUGAGGUUAACUGUCCGAUUUGCAAACUGAAUUCACCUAUUGCCGACUUUACAGGCAGUGGAAUUCGCCAAGCGGCGUGUCCGCGCUGUUAUCAGUCGUUCACGCCUGAGCCAGACUACUUACUGAAGGCGUUGGAUGUCCGGGGAAAGCCGAGAAAUUCCGCGUAG